AUGGUUUGCAAGCUUCAUAAGUCCUUGUAUGGACUGAAGCAAGCACCAAGGCAAUGGAACUUAAAACUAACAGAGGCUUUAGUUGAUAUAGGAUUUUUACAAUCUCAUUAUGAUUACUCACUUUUUACUAAGAACAUAGGUAAAGAUCUUCUAGUCAUCUUGGUUUAUGUUGAUGAUCUCCUGGUUACUGGGAGCAGUUUGCAUCAUAUACAACAAAUAAGGAAGGAACUACAACAAAGGUUCAGAAUGAAAGAUCUUGGUGAGCUUAAAUAUUUUCUUGGAAUUGAAUUCUCCAGAUCUAAAGAAGGUAUACUGAUGAAUCAAAGGAAGUAUGCUUUAGGACUUGUGUCUGAGUUGGGAUUAGCAGGUUGUAAGCCUUCUUCUACACCCUUGGAGUUUAAUCACAAGCUAACUUCUACUGUGUUUGAUGAAGUUAUUGAGAAAAAUACUAAUGCAGAAGACUUAAUUCUUGAUGAGUUUGGAAAAUAUCAGAGGCUAAUAGGAAAGUUACUAUACUUAACCAUGACUAGACCUGAUAUAGCUUUUGUUGUACAGGUUCUUAGCCAAUAUAUGCACUCUCCUAAAUCAUCUCAUAUGGAAGCUGCACUCAGAGUAGUGAGGUAUAUAAAAGGUACUGCAGGCCUUGGAUUGUUUAUGCCAAGUAACAAAAACAAUGAAAUGGUAGCUUAUUGUGACUCUGACCGGGGAGCUUGUGUAGAAACAAGAAGGUCAGUUACUGGUUAUAUGAUUAAACUAGGAGGAGCACUGGUGUCUUGGAAGUCAAAGAAACAAAGCACAGUAUCAAGGAGCUCUGCAGAAGCUGAAUUCAGGAGUAUGGCCACUACAGUUGCUGAGAUAGUCUGGUUAAAAGGCUUGUUCAAAGAGUUAGGAAUGAACAUAAAGUUGCCAGUGAAAGUAUUUUGUGAUAACAAAGCUGCUAUCCAAAUAGCAGCACAUCCAAUAUUCCAUGAAAGAACCAAACAUUUUGACAUAGAUUGUCAUUUUGUAAGAGAAAAGAUACUUGAAGGACUUAUUCAGACACAACACUUGGGAACAAGAGAACAACAAGCUGACAUACUUACUAAAGGGCUGUGCAAACCUCAACACGAAGAACUAAUUGUCAAGCUAGGAAUGAAAAAUGUAUUUUCCAAUUCUUAG